CCCUCUCUCCCCCGCUUACAUGUGUACCUGCAUUUCUCUGGGCUUCAUGUUUUUCUUUCCUCGGCGUUUGGUCAGCGCUCUCCACGGGAAGAACUGACCUCUUAGUUUUAAUUUCAAACCAGAGAGAACCACGUCGGCUCCGGAGUUCCUGGGAUGCGUUUUAUAACAGCAACACCUGAUUCUGAAAGUAGGUAACAAAGACCCCCCACCACAACGCUGUGUGUCAUCAUGGAUGGCCCACACGCUGCCCAUUUCCCACCCGAUGACAACUCUCAUUUCGGGAAAACUCAGUCCCAGCUGCCCGCGAGGAGGCAAGCCGUGAAAAGACACCAUCACAAACACAACCUGAAGCACAGGUACGAGUUCCUGGAGUCUCUGGGCAAAGGGACCUACGGAAAGGUGAAGAAAGCCAAGGAAAGAUCUGGCAGACUGGUGGCUGUAAAAUCGAUCAGAAAGGAGAAGAUCAAAGAUGAGCAAGACCUGGUUCAUAUUCGGCGAGAAAUUGAGAUCAUGUCCUCACUGUGUCACCCCCACAUCAUAACCAUUUACGAAGUUUUUGAGAACAAGGACAAAAUUGUGAUAGUGAUGGAGUAUGCGAGCCAGGGGGAUCUGUACGACUACAUCUGCGACAAGAAAAACCUCUCUGAAUACGAAGCUAGGCACUUCUUCAGGCAAAUCGUAUCUGCUGUGCACUACUGUCAUCAGAAUGGAAUAGUACACAGGGACCUGAAACUGGAGAAUAUUUUACUAGAUGGCAACGGCAACGUGAAGAUUGCAGAUUUUGGGUUGUCCAACCUCUACCACAGCGAUGAAUAUCUUCAGACGUUUUGUGGCAGCCCUUUAUACGCGUCCCCAGAGAUCGUCAAUGGACGGCCGUACCGUGGGCCCGAGGUCGACACCUGGUCCCUUGGUGUGCUGUUGUACACAUUGGUUCAUGGCACCAUGCCAUUUGAUGGGCUUAACCACAAAAUCCUGGUCCAGCAGAUUAGCACAGGGAACUACCGGAAACCAAGCAAACCAUCUGAUGCUUGUGGACUCAUUCGUUGGAUGCUCAUGGUGAAUCCCGAGCGCAGAGCUACAAUUGAGGAGGUUGCGGGACAUUGGUGGCUGAACUGGGGCUACCAGCAGGCGCUGCUCUGCGAGAGGAAAAACGGUUUGACAGAACAAACCAAUUCACUGGUGUCUACAUCAAAUCCCACUGGGCUUACCACUGUUGCUAGUUGGCUGCGGCGUACAUCCAGGCCUUUACUGGAGAAUGGCUCCAAGAUGCGCUGCCUGCUCCGCUCGCAGGUUGGCGGAGGUGAUGUAGUCCGGCAGCGCUCUCUACGAAGGUCUCAAAAGGAGAAUAACGUCUCGCAGGCGGUUAAUGAAACAAUCACAGACUCCCGGCCCUAUAAGGGUAUUCUAAAGAGGCGCAAUAGUGCAAAACAGAAAGCAAUACAUGAAAGCCCAAAUGUGGGUGUGGUGAAUUCCCAGAUGACUUCUGCUGCAGCGCUGCCACGUAAAGGCAUUCUCAAGAAACCCGUAGAGAAAGAGUCGGGUUAUUAUUAUUCUUCUCCUGAACACAGUGAUUCUGGCUGGGUGCCACAAACCAAAGAGUGUCCUUCAGCUCCAACAAGUAGAAAAGGUAUCCUCAAGCGAAAUGGAAAGUUCUCUUCCGGUGGGCUUCAAGAGUUUGGCUCUCUGGAUCAGCUGGCAGCUUCUUUACCAAUAGGAGUCACCAGGUCCAGACCAAGCGAAGCCAUCAGUGAAGACAGCAUUCUGUCCUCGGAGUCCUUUGAUCAGCUGGACCUGCCGGACCACGUGAGAGCCCCGACACAAUCGGACAAACCGGCGAAAACCAGCAUGAGAGGCAGCGUCUCUGCAGACAAUCUAUUGGACAUAGCUGAGGACAGGAUUCUGGCUGACGGAGUGCUGAGACCGUGGGACUGUUACAGGUCCAGAGUGGCCGACAGUGCCUUCUCAAUCAGUGACUGCGAUAAUGUGACAGAAACUUACAAACAGGCCAUGGUUAAACGGGGAUCUGCAGCAAGCUAAGGAUCCGGCUUUAGGAAAGAACAAACUACUGAGGACAUGAUGGCCAAGAUGGGGCUUCUGGAAAACUUGAAGAAUUACACCAAACCAAAAAGGGAGGAAAAGCGUUUAAAGAUCUGAAAAUGUUUUAGGUGAUUCAUAAUCUAGAAAAUGAGACUGAUUUUAAUUCUAUUUAAACUAAACAGAGCUAUGGAUCAGUUAAACGUCAAAGAUUUUUGGGAGAUGAGAGCUAAAGCUCAAAAUUUCAGAGCUCUAAUGUUCAGAGUGUCUCUAUGUUUGUCUCACAUUUUAACCAAAACAGUAGUUUGGAAAAGAUAUUUCAAGUACAGCAGCCGAUUGGACAACUUUCUUUUUAAUCGUCUCUUUGUAACCAGUGUUUCAUGAUGGCCUACUUUUCACAUUUAUGACCAUUUAUUGCUUUUGAUUUACAAAGUCUUUUAUUUCCCUUGGUGUGCGUUAACACAGUUUUGACCCAUUUAAAUUUCAGUUUUGUGAUCAGUAUGUAGAGAAAUCAGGUUGAAUGUUAGGAUUUCGUAUCUGCUGUAAUGGCUUUUAUUGUGUGCAAACUGAUAUUUUGUAAACCAAAGAGUAAAUUUACUCAGAUGUUGGUGUGUUUUGUAAAACAGGAAGUGCCAAGAUUAUGUUUGCCUGUAAGUGAAAUGUAAUCUCAGUGUUUUGUUUCUUUUCAUGGUCUCCCUGAAAUUACUUGUUUGGAUAAUAACUUGAAAAAAAAAAUUACAGGGUUCAACAGGUGUGACCAGUCAAACCUGCUUUUGCCUCCUAGCUUGCGCUAAUGCAUAUGAACAGGUGCCUUCUGACUAUUUGCAUGCAUGUGGGAGGUUCUAAGAGAGGGCGAGGCGCACCAAGUCUUUGUUUCUGGCACAGGAAUAGAAACACGUGCUUGUUUGUCUCUGCAUAUCUACGUAAGGAUUGGGCACAGAGUGUGAGCUGUUGGAAUAUUUUGACUUGUAUCAGGGUAAAACUCGGAAUGAAUAACCAUAUAUGCAGAUGAUAUUAUUAUUUUUAUUUAAGCCUAAAAAUUCUCCCAUAUCAGUUUGGCUCUGGAUAAUAUCGUCUACUGUUUUUGUUUUGUUUUUAAGCAAGAAAAAUGUUAUUGUUUGGUUAAAAAAGUAUACAAUACACACAGGUUGCCUAAUUCCUACUGGUAUUAAGAUAGGUGUGGUAGAGAAAUUUUAUGACCUUUAACUUUAAUGUCAAAGCUGCACAUGUAUGCUGCUGUUAAAAAAAUCUUUUGGCUUUAAAUUAAUGUGGUAGUUUUAUUGUAGAUCAUCAGGAACAGAUCGCCUGCGUAUGUUCACAAGAAAUCAUGUUUCAACUGGAAGUUAUAAGGCAAACAAGCAACUUUACAAAGGCACUUUCAUUGAAUAGAGUACGGUGUAUGUGGGCAUUUUGACUUUUUCCUCUCCUCAGAGAAGGUGAAAGUUCGGAGGCUCUGCUCAUGCAUGUUAUGAUGUCUGUGCUGGCCAAAGUUUCCAGCUUGUCAUUGGUUUGUUUGAUCUACAUUCCUGGGAUGAAGAAAUCAAUAAAAAAA